AUGGAGAUAGGAAUGGAUUUCAUGCGUGAAGAAAUGGAAGAAGGUGGUGGGUUACACAACACCGACGAAAUUGAGAUGACUUUUCAUGUUGAGAACAGGGUCGAUGAUGAUAUGGGUGAUGAGGACGAUGACAUGGGAGACGAUGGUGAGGAGGAUGAGGAUGAUGAUGAGGGGAGGAUGAGGAUAUUGCUAAAGAUGGUGCUCGGCCAUGAUGAUACCGGCUCGGGAGAUGACUAUAAUGAUGAGAUGAUCGACGAAGAAGAUGAUGAUUUUCAUGAGAAUCGUGUUAUAGAGCCAUUUGAAGGGGUGAAUGUGGAUGAUCUUUUCGGUCUUUGCAGCCUUUGGGUUUUGACCGCCAACGAUCGAGUGGCAGUGUCUUCCUUUGAGCGACUCGUGACGGAUUUAGAAGCUUUGUCAUCCGGGAGCUUUGAUGUAGCUCCCUUUAACAUGUUUGAUGCUCCUGUUCUUCCAUAUGAACAUGUACCUAGUAGUAUAUUUGGUGAUCGUUCGGUACCGCAAAGACUCCCACCUUUGUCCGAUUAUUUUGUAGGUAUGGACUCGUUGCAUACACGAGGACGAAGAGGGCUCGGUGAUGGCAGGUGGAUCGAUGAUGGUCGACCGCAGCUGUGUGCCCAAGCUCGCUACAAUUGCACAAGCAAUAGAGGAACAAGCUGCUCGUCGCAACUGCGUGCAGUGUACCUACAACCAAUGGUCCCAUUGAGAGGCCGUCCUAGAAUUCGGGAGUGCAGGAGAAUCAACCAUCCGAUGAUCCUCUAUCCAAUGAUGGUCAAGUAG